CGUGGAGACUUUACAAAGGAUAUUAAAAGUCCUGUCAGUCGAUAGUAUCUCUUAUCACUGUCGACAAGGAAUUUUUAUAUUAAAAAAUGUUAAUCCUCAAGAGCGUGAUACUCGUACUGGCGGUCAUAUCCAGCGGGGAUUCUCAGCGUAACACGCCCAGGAGUACACGUGCCAGUCGGAACGAUGCUGCUCUGGAUUUUGAAUGCCCCGAAGAAUUCGGCUACUAUCCUCAUCCACGUGAUUGCACUCAGUACUACGUCUGCGUCUUCGGGGGUGCGCUUCUGGAAUCAUGCACAGGGGGUCUCAUGUACAGCCAUGAACUCCAGACCUGCGACUGGCCCCGCAACGUCGGCUGUCUCGAGGAUGACAGUUCGUCAAGGGAGACCGAGGCUGAUCCUCUUUUGGAAAGGUCCGUCAAGGUUCAGCCAGUACAGCGACAGCGACAGCAGCAGCAGCAACAACAGCAACAACAGCAACAACAACAGUCCCAGAGAACAGUUCAGAGGCAGCAAGUUCUCGUGACCACCUCAAGUCCUGCCGUGACUCCAAUCACCGACAGACCCGUCCGUCAGCGACAUCAGCAGCAACAGCAGCGACAGAGGACCUACUCCGAGGAUGAGUACGGACCCGCCUCUGAAAUUGAGAAUGAUAGGCAGCAGCGGGUCUAUCGAGGUCAACCAUCGACGAUCGGCCAGGUUCAACGCGAUAGAGACGGUCUACGUCGCAACAUAAUAUCCGAACGGGAGAAGGACAGUUUGGUCAAUUCUCGCGCUCAGACUGAAGAAUCCCAGUAUAGGAGCGUUCCCUCGGAAUCGCCAAGGAUUGCGAAAACAAGCGUUUCCACAGAGGCCCCUGUAAUUUCGAAAGCUUACUACAGCGAUUCUGACAGUUAUCCUUAUUACACGAUCUACGACGAUGAUGUUUCCAUCUACAAGGACGACGAUUAUAAUCAAUAUACGAUCAAUCAAACUGUACCGAUUCAACAAGAAAACAUAAGGAUACCUGAGGUCGUCACCAGCUCGAAACAAUAUACGCAGAAACCGAAAAAGGUCACGGUUAAUGAUAAUGACAAAUACAACCUUAAUCAGGACGUGACUGUCCAGGAUUACGACAUCUAUGAUAAUCAGGCGCAAUUGAACAAAAAUAAAUUCCGCAUCAACGACGGUCAGCAGCAAUCAAUAAGGACUAAUACACUGAGCCAUCCAAAUGUUCAUGUCACUACUCCAAACGUUGUUGUGGAUACUUUUGUACCUUUGACUACAACGGCACCAGUUGCACCAAGUACAACCUCACGUCCAUACACGGUUACUGCUCCAAGCCGAGGACGUCCACAAGUCAAUCGUGGUACAGCACCUCCACGGUCCAGACCCACUUUGAAACCGUCGACUGAGAUCGUUUCCAAGGCUCAGGAAUUCGUUGAUAUCUACAAGUUCCCUCCUUCAAGACCAGCACCCAUUUACCCGACGCCCCAGGUCGACAAACCUGCAGCCAAGUGUAGAAAAGAUGUCUGCCUACUUCCUGAUUGUAACUGUGGCGGCUCUGACAUACCUGGUGGCAUCCCCGUCGACAAGACGCCGCAGAUUGUUCUGCUUACGUUUGACGACGCAGUUAACGAUCUUAACAAACCCUUGUACGAGGAUCUAUUUGAAAAGGGAAGAAAGAAUCCUAACGGGUGUCCCAUUACGGCCACCUUCUAUGUCUCCCACGAGUGGAGCGAUUAUAGCCAGGUGCAAAAUCUCUAUGCAGUCGGCCACGAGAUGGCGUCUCAUACAGUCUCGCACAGUUUCGGUGAGCAAUUCUCUCACCGGAAGUGGGCUCGCGAGGUUGCUGGACAACGAGAAAUCUUGUCUGCCUAUGGUGGCGUCAAGUUGGAAGAUGUCAGAGGAAUGAGAGCGCCCUUCCUUUCGGUCGGUGGUAACAACAUGUUCAAAAUGCUUUGGGACACCAACUUCACCUACGAUUCUUCCAUGCCAAUUUAUGAGAACAGACCACCCAGCUGGCCUUACACUCUGGAUUACAAACUUUUCCAUGACUGUAUGAUCCCGCCUUGUCCCACCAGAUCAUAUCCGGGACUCUGGGAAGUUCCUAUGGUCAUGUGGCAAGAUCUUAACGGUGGUAGAUGUUCCAUGGGAGAUGCUUGCAGCAAUCCACCAACUGCUGAUGGGGUUUACAAGAUGCUUAUUAAGAACUUUGAAAGGCACUACACAACCAACAGAGCGCCGUUUGGACUCUUCUAUCACGCUGCCUGGUUCACUCAAGCUCAUCACAAGGAAGGUUUCAUCUCCUUCCUGGAUACUAUCGUCUCCAUGGAAGAUGUCUGGGUGGUCACCAACUGGCAGGCGCUUCAGUGGGUACGAAAUCCGACGCCGUCCUCUUUGAUGGGCAAUUUCGAACCUUUUGGAUGCAACUAUCAGGAUAGACCGAAGAAGUGCAACAACCCCAAGGUCUGCAAUCUCUGGCACAAGAGUGGCGUCCGGUACAUGAAAACGUGCCAAGCAUGUCCUGACAUCUAUCCGUGGACGGGCAAAACUGGUAUUCGCAGUAGCCGUAUAGACAACGACGUCGACAAUCACGAAUGAAAUAGGCCACGGCCAAUCAAAAAAACCCACCAGCGAUCAAUUACGCGAUAAUCAUUCUUCAAUUAAGAUUAAUACUCGUUAGAAUCGAAAGGCUGGCGCGUGUCGCCAUAACGAGCGCGAUCCUCCUGUUUCGAGACGGGGUUUUUCUUGCCACAAUCUUCUGAAAGAGUUCUUUACGUUCAAGGACGUCUUCGGGAGGCUUAACUGGAUAAAUGACACUUCAAUUUUUGGACAAGAUGAAUCGAACACCCGUUAACCAUUUCUUCCGUCUCCUGCCCCUUAUAAUUCUUCAAAUAAUUUCACCAGCUUUCUUUAUUCGUAAGUGAAACAACAAGUUCUAAGUAAAUUUAAUAUUACCACGUCAAAAGUAGAGAAUCGCUGUUGCGGUAACAGUUAGACAAAUUUUCGAUUGUACAUUUCUAUGGAAUAUUUAAUGGAAUAUUAGAUGUAGGAUAUAGGGCUCAGGGCUGGUGAGCCUUGUUCAGGACGAACGACAGCCAAUUUGAAAUAGAGAAAUAAAAAUAUUAAUACCACGAAGGUUUGCGAAGAAUCUUUCCGGAGAAUUUAUAAUCGUAAGCGUUCUUAUCUUGAUUUUCGAAACUCCGGAAUGACGCAUUGGGCGAGUGACGGUAUGAGACUCUUGAAAAAUCGACGCCUGGCGUCGGUCGAGCGUCAUCAUUGAUUGAUUGUUAACGAGUCGACCUCAAGAUUUCUCAUUCCUCAGCGAACAGAAAGCUCGAGACGCGAGGAGGAUCGUUCCGUGAAGAUUAAAUUAAUUGCCACGUACAGUCAGUACGAUUCACAGAUGGGAGAAUCUGUCGUGUUACCUCCUAGGUACUUAGAGAUAUAAUAAUUCGUUUAAUAAAUAAACUUUUCGGUACAACGUC